AUGAGUUGUGAUACAGGAGAACCACUGUGGAGACCUUUACUUUACAAUGAAAGUUGUCCUGAUGCACUACCUGCUGUAAAAUCCAUUGCCCCUCCAAACCAUACAGUAUGCACUGCAUCGUCCACUCUGUGUAAGCUCGUCUCAUGGUGGAAUCAGGAGGGUUCAAACCAAAAAUCUGCUCUGUUGUUGCACCAAGCAGAUUGGCUUUUGUGGCUUCUUCAUGGAAAGCUUGGAGUUUCAGAUUAUAAUAAUGCUUUGAAGGUUGGAUAUGAUCCUGAAGUUGACUCAUAUCCAUCAUGGCUAGUCUGUCAACCAUAUUCUCAUCUUUUACCUUCAGUUGUUGCACCAGGAACCCCAAUUGCUUGUUUGAAGAAGGAACUUAGAAAUAAAUUUGGUUUCCAAAAGGAGUGUGUUGUAUGCGCCGGAACAACUGACAGUAUAGCUGCAUUUCUUGUGGCUCGUGCAACUCAACCUGGAAAAGCUGUAAAUUCUUAUUAA